CUCCGCCGUAGGUGAAACAUGGUGAAACUCUACAGAAGAGAGAGACCGGGACAAUACUUUUAAGGAAAGAAAAUCGCCCACAUGCACUGGAUCACUUGCCGGAUUUGGGAACCGAAUUCGCAGAAGGGGGGCUGGGGAUCCGCGGAGGCUGCCGGAGGAUGGAGCGGUGCGGCCGGGGUUGGUGAGAGCCUGACUUCGGGCCACUUUACAUUUUUUAUUCCUACUCAACUCGCCCCCGUCGCCAGGACACAUGCAGGCCAAAAAACGCUACCUGAUCCUGCUCUCCGCCGGCGCAUGUCUGGUGCUCCUCUUUUGCCUCGGAGGAGUUCAACUUCCAGCGGCGAGCAGGAGCCGGCAUGACCGCGGCCGGAACGGGUACCGGCCCGAGCAGCCCUGGCCGCACUUCUCGGACCCGUUACACCUUUUCCUGCCCUGGGAUCAGACGGACACCGAGGAGUACAACCUGCACAUAUCCCCGAGGCAGAAGAGGGACGUCAACACGAGUGUUUACAGAGGCAAGCGGUGCCGCGUGGACUCCUGCUUCGACUUCGCUCCGUGCCAGAGGAACGGGUUCAAAGUGUACGUCUACCCGCAGCAGAAGGGGGAGAAGAUCUCCGAGAGUUAUCAGAAUAUUUUAUCCACCAUCGAGGCGUCCAGGUUUUACACCUCGGACCCGGGACAAGCGUGUCUGUUCAUCCUGAGUCUGGACACUCUGGACCGGGACCAGCUGUCCCCGCAAUACGUCCACAACCUGAAGACCAAGGUGCAGAACCUGCCCCUGUGGAACGACGGCCGGAACCACCUCAUAUUUAACCUGUACUCGGGGACGUGGCCGGACUACACGGAAGACUUGGGCUUCGACAUCGGCCAGGCCAUGUUGGCCAAGGCCAGCAUCAGCACCGAGAACUUCCGGCCCAACUUCGACGUGUCCAUCCCGCUCUUCUCCAAGGAACACCUGAGGACCGGCGGGGAGCGGGGCUUCCUCAAGUACAACUCCAUCCCGCCCUUCCGAAAGUACAUGCUGGUGUUCAAGGGGAAGCGCUACCUGACGGGCAUCGGCUCGGACACCCGGAAUGCCUUGCACCAUGUGCACAACGCGGAGGACGUGGUGCUGCUCACCACCUGCAAGCACGGCAAGGACUGGCAGAAGCACAAGGACGCGCGCUGUGACAGGGACAACGCGGAGUACGACAAGUACGACUACAAGGAGAUGCUCCACAACUCCACCUUCUGUUUGGUGCCCCGCGGCAGACGCCUGGGCUCCUUUCGCUUCCUCGAGGCGCUGCAGGCUGCGUGUGUGCCGGUCAUGCUGAGUAACGGUUGGGAGCUGCCUUUCUCCGAGAUCAUCGACUGGAACACAGCCGCAGUGAUCGGCGACGAGAGGCUCCUGCUGCAGAUCCCGACCACGGUGCGCUCCAUCCACCAGGAUAAGAUCCUGUCCCUCAGACAGCAGACUCAGUUCCUCUGGGAGGCCUACUUCUCCUCCGUGGAAAAGAUAGUACUGACUACACUGGAGAUCAUCCAGGACCGCGUGUUGGAGCAUAGCUCCAGGAGCAGCCUGAUGUGGAACAGUCACCCUGGGGGGCUUUUCGCCCUGCCCCAGUACUCUGGAUACCUGGGAGACUUCCCCUUCUACUAUGCCACACUGGGUAUCAAACCCUACCCAAAGUUCACAGCGGUCAUCCAUGCCGUCUCGCCUCUGGUGUCCCAGUCCCAGCCCAUACUCAAGCUCCUGGUAGCUGUGGCCAAGUCCCAGUACUGUGCACAGAUCAUUGUCCUGUGGAACUGUGACAAGCCUCUUCCAGCCAAGCACCGCUGGCCCGCCACCUCAGUGCCCGUCAUCGUCAUAGAGGGAGAGAAUAAGGUGAUGAGCAGUCGUUUUCUGCCCUAUGAGACCAUAGUGACUGACGCUGUCCUCAGCCUGGAUGAAGACACAGUGUUGUCCACCACAGAGGUGGAUUUUGCCUUCACGGUUUGGCAGAGUUUUCCUGAGCGGAUCGUUGGUUACCCUGCUCGCAGCCACUUCUGGGACAGCAACAAGGAGCGUUGGGGCUACACAUCCAAAUGGACCAACGAUUAUUCAAUGGUGCUGACGGGGGCCGCCAUCUACCACAGGUAUUACCAUCACCUGUACACCAACUACUUACCCACUAGUCUGAAGGGCAUGGUGGACCAGCUGGCCAACUGUGAGGACAUACUGAUGAACUUCCUGGUCUCUGCUGUCACCAAGCUGCCGCCCAUCAAGGUCACACAGAAGAAACAGUACAAGGAGACCAUGAUGGGACAGUCUUCAAGAGCUUCUCGCUGGGCCGAUCCGGACCACUUUGCCCAGCGGCAAACCUGCAUGAACAAGUUCGCCAGCUGGUUUGGCGCCAUGCCGCUGGUCCACUCCCAGAUGAGACUGGACCCCGUCCUGUUCAAGGACCAGGUCUCCAUUCUCCGCAAGAAAUACAGGGACAUCGAGAGGCUCUGACAGGACCGGCGCCCCCUCGGGGGAGACCCCACGCAGGGGGAGGCUCGCGAUAGAGACUCUGUGGAGAGUAGAAGGACUAGCAGGACUACGGCAGGAUAGACGGGGAGCGACACUGCUCUGUCUUCCACUCAGCACAUUGCCAAUGACCACAGCGCCGCUGCUGCCAGGACUUGAACGCGGUAAGGGAUGAAUAGGAAACAAGCAGAUGGCGUUUGGAAAUGAAAAACGCAAACAGAAAACCCCAAACACAGACAGACAAAGAGGAGUACACAAACUGAUGGACAUGCCAAACAGUUGCUGUAUGUUUUGCAAAUGUGCAAACACACGGCACACACUACUGACGACGAGAACUCUUGGAUAGAAUAUUUUUUUGUACAACAUGAACAAGGACGACAUUGACUUUCCUGCUCUCUCGGCACAUGUGCAGGAUGGUAGAAGAGGGAAGGUGUCCACGAUCGCAAACCUGGCAACCCCACCCCGUCAAAAAUCCUACUGUUCGCCCCUAGCAACCCUCCCAGUCUGCAUCAGGAUGUAAUACCGGACUACCAAAACCCCCUGCUUUAUAGCCCAGGAGACCCUGUUUGUUAGUUGAUUUGAUUUCUGUACAAAUCAGCUCUCUGGUGUCACUGUUGACCCUUUGUCCUCUCUGAGAGGUUUAAAGUCAGAGCGUCAUCAGUUUAAUAUUUCCGUUCUCAAGGCAGAAGAGGUAAACAGCAGUGUCCAUGUUAUUUUAGUGGCCUGACAAGGUUUUUAUAGCAAAGCAGCCAUUAUUUCUUGAAAUUCUUGGCUAUCGACUCACAUCCUCGCGCCGGAAAACAUGCCGUCUUUCCUAUCCUCGGCUCAUUCCUUAAUGUGCUGAUACGGCUUUUAUAAUGGUCUAUCUGCGUCCCUGUUAUCACUGAGAAAUGUUAGAAAAACAUCGCGUUUCAUAUCCCAUUUUCCUCUCAUACUCACCAAGGCAGUUGUACUUUUCUCAUCUUUUUCUUUUCAUUUACUUUCAUCACCUUUUAUUUCCCCCUUUAAAGUCUCUGUACUUUCACUCGUGUGUGUGUGUGUGUGUGUGUGUGUGUGUGUGUGUGUGUGUGUGUGU